AAAAAAAAAAAAAAAAAAAAAGAGCAGUUGCAGCAGCACCUUCCGGUGCUUUCGAUGAUUCCACCCGUAUAGACUGUACGCCAUAUUUAACUGCUGGGGAAAACUCCGGGGUGGAGAGGAAAGUUGUUCAGUUGUUGCGCACAAUCAUGGACCUCCACGAUUUUCUUUGCAAAGAAACAUUUGCCACGGAGAAGAAGCGACCGUCUCGCGUGUGAGGUGCGGCACGCCAAAGAGGAUGGGCGUCACACGUCAGUGGUAAUUUCCCACCCGCAAAAAAAAAGAAAAGUCAAGCGCAGGAAAAGGGGGAAAGACACGCUCUUUUCACGUUACAAUGAGUCUUCCUCCUCAGAUUAACCCCGACAAGAGCGGCAAGCACCGCGCGGCAGCCAUGAAGGAGCCCGUGCAACAUUCCGCGGAGGUUUAUUACGGACUGGAGUCGGGCCAGGGUGACAUGGCGGGAAGCUCGGGUGUUUUCAACCCGGAGAAAGCGCCUCAGGUCCUGCCGUCCUAUCAACAGGUCACUCCUGUCAAGUGGAUGCACCAGGACUCCACCGGCUGGUCUCAGGAAGCCCCCGUUACCGGGUGGGGACAGAACUUUGGGCCCUACGUGAACGCCCGCGGCUUCAAUAAGCGAGUGCACGAGCCUCUACAGAUGGCGGGCGACAAUCAGCAGCAGCAGCAGCAGCAGCAGCAGCAGCAGCAGCUGGAAGUGUACCGGGACGCCGCCCGGGGUCAAGCCCAGGGGCGGGGGCUGGAGUGGGAGCAGCAGGCGGCGGCUGCCAUGCAUCAAGCCCAGAUGCAGGCGUACCAACACGGACACAAGGACCUGCAAGGGACGCCGCACAACGUGCAGGGAUCCAUGCUGCAGCCUUUCCAGGCCACGUUCAGCAAGCAGCAGUUCUCGUCGGGGUACUACCCGGUUUUUACGGGCAACAAGGGAAUGCAGGGCUUAGCAUACGGGGAGCAGCCGAAAACACAACAACAACAACAACAGCAGCUGCUACACCAAAUGCAGCAGCAGCAGCAGCAGCAGCAACAAAUGCAGCAGCAGCAGCAGCAGCAGCAGCAGCAGCAGCAGCAACUUCAGCUGCAGCAGCAACUUAAGCAGCAGCAGCAGAUGCAGCAAAUGCAGCAGCUGCAGCAGCAUCAAUACCACCAGCAGCAACUACACGAGCGACAGCAACAAAUGCAGAAAAUGCAGCAAGCACAAACUCUCCCCCAGCUGGAGAUUCAACACGCUAAUUUUGCCACUUACCAGCCCCCUGAAAAAAAGGACGCCGCGCCAUCGCUGGAGGUCCAACCCCAGGGUGCCGAGACAUACCUCCAACGGGUCUCCGCGAACCCGGCGGAACCCGCGCCGGCCCCUCCCCGCCGCUCGCGCCGCCUCUCCAGAGACGGACAGUCGCCUCAAUCCCCGCCGGCCCCCGCCAACAUGUGGGCCCCCAAGGAAGCCUCCCAGAACGGAGUGGCGGGGGCUCAGGCGGCCGCCAGGGGAGGGGACAGCCAGGCGGCGACGGGGGGAGUCAUCCAAAGCACCCGCAGGAGGAGGAGGGCGUCGAAGGAGAUCAACCUGGAGACCCUGGCCCAGAAGGCGUCGGAAAUGCCCUCUCUGCCCGAGUCCCUGUCGGCGGCUCUCAAAACCGAGCAGGGAGACGGUCCUCGAGGCAAACACGCCACCAUGGUCCCUUUAGUCAUGCCCGUGUCAGUGCCGGUGCCCAGGAGUCAAACGGCGCCACAGGGAGCUUCGCCGCACGGACGAGCGGCGCAGGCGGAGCGGCCCGCGGCGCAGCCGGACUGCAAACCUUCCGUCAUCGUGGCUCGACGGAAAUCCCUCAGAAACACGGAUGCAGAAAGUGACCAAGGUCUAGAUGAAGAGGGUAAGGCCAAACAAAAGCGGCGCCCCCGCCCGGAGCCGCUCAUCAUCCCCCCGCCCAGACCUUCCACCUUCAUCCCGGCGUCCGUUUACUCCAGCAUCAGCGCCUACCAGAGCAAUCUACGCUCCCCCAUCCGCCUGCCGGACAACCCCAUGACUUUGCCCCCAUACACGCCCCCGCCCAUCCUGUCUCCCGUGCGGGAAGGCUCCGGACUCUACUUCUCCGCUUUUCUCACCAACUUCGCCGUGAGCAACCAAAUCCUCCCGCCGCCGCCACCACCGCCGCCACCCACGCCCAAGACGUCCGUCAGGAGUCUCCUACGCUCCACGAGUUCAGACAUCACACCGCCCGUUCUGCCUUUGAUCACCGACGCCACACCUGUGAGCCUUGAACCCCGCAUCAACAUCGGGCAGCAGCACCAGGCGGAAAUUCCCGAGUUGGUGCAACAGCACUCGGCCCAGUCAGACCAGCACCAGGCUGACCUGGUUUGGCUUCCUUUAAAUGACACACGGCUUCAACACCCAGAACCGGACAGCGUGGAGAAUCUGAUGAAAAUGGCGUGUUCCAGCGUGAUCGAUGGCGGAGGAACCAACCAGGAGCUGGCUUUGCAUUGUUUACAUGAAAGUGGAGGAAAUGUGCUUGAGACACUCAGACGUCUGCUGCUUCAAAAGCCAAUCUUCCCCAAAGGCCAUCACCUGGCAGGUUAUCACUACUCGGGCUCCGACAGUUGGAGUGCAGAAGAGAAGCACUACUUCAAUAAAGGAAUCUCCGCCUACAGGAAGGACUUCUUCUUGGUGCAAAAACUGGUGCAGACCAAGACCGUGGCUCAGUGUGUUGAGUUCUACUACGCGUACAAGAAACAAGUGAAGAUCGCCCGGGAUGGGAUUUUAACCUUCGGCCCUUCUGACUCACCUGUGGAUAAACACACAGAGGCUGUGGUGGACUUAAAGAGUUCCCAGCAGUCCAAACCGUCUCAGGUAGAGGAGAAGAAGGAGACGUCCUACGACGCCGCGAGCAAUCAGCAGCAGGCCAUGGCCGCUCAGUGUCUGAAAGCUCACGACUACGCGGGAACCGUGCUGGUGAUCAAAGAACCGGAAAACGCCAUCAAGGAGGUUGUGUACGCGCCGACGCCACAAAGGCCUCGUGCUGACGCGGCGGCGAAGAAGAGCAAAGCGCCUGUAAAGCCCGCACAAGAUCCUGAUGCGGUGUUUCCAUGCAAGAAGUGUGGCAGGGUGUUCAACAAAGUGAAGAGUCGGAGCGCCCACAUGAAGAGUCACGCCGAGCAAGAAAAGAAGGCCGCGGCUCUUCGCCAGAGGGUGGCGGAGGAGCAGGCGGCAGCGUUGGCCGCCCGAGCACGGAAGGAGGCCACGUUGGCGGCGGCGGCGGCUCAUCAGGACGGAGCGGAGAAUCAGGCGGAGAUGAGCAGCCAGGAGGACUCAUCAGAGGUCGAGGACGACAAUGACGUGGACUGGCGCUGAGACAAAAACUGCGAAACGCAUGCAAGAGAAUAAUCAAAGAGAGGAAUAAGCACAAGAACCUUCUAGGUGUUCCUGUUGGCCUCUUGCACUAAUUUCCUGGCUGACGGUUCCACUGCUAAGACUCAUCUUAACGCCUCUCAGCAGGCUGGCACUCCACAUUUGUAUCUUUUAAAAUAUUCAAGAGAACUUUAUUUUUUUCUAACUGCACUUACACAGUACGCUUGUUUGUUUUUUUGCCGACGUUGCCUUUUUUUUAUAUAACCUUUAUUUAAUUGACUAGAUUCUCCUCGGGUGUUUUUGGUGUUUCAUGAUCGAUAGCCUGUUCAACAAUGUUUCGCACAGAACAAAAAAAAUAAAUUAAAAAAAAUGUACGGCUCAUAUUUAAAAAAACAAAAAUGAGCGCUUGUAUUCCAAAUAUGUUUGGUGUGAAUGUUGCAGAGUUUGGUUGCACACUUGCUUUUUUUUUGUUGCUUUUUUUACAACCUUUAAAUUUAAAUUGUACAAACAAGUAUAUACAAAUUGUAAUAUUUAUGCAUUUUUCAAUAAUGUUAAUAUAAAAAAUAAAUAUAUUGCAAUAUAACUUGGAA